CAGUAGGGCAGGUACAUUCUAAACCAUUUUCGAGGACAACGAUCGAGAAGUUUGCUUCUGAAACCUGAAAGUCUGUCAGCGAAAAAAUUUCCCACGAAAUAUUUCGAGUGGAUAAAAUGGAUCCAAACAAACCAACGAACUUCAGUAAUAUGGGGGGUAUUCCUUGGCGGGGACGCAGUCGAGGGCUCGAUGUAGGACGAGCCAGAGGUUUUUUCGCUCCUGCUAAUGUCCUCCAAGGACAAGGAUCCUGUAUACCAGCAUGUGAUCCUUUCGCUGGACGAGGACUUCGGUCUGAUGAUGGAGGACUUGUUCCAGCAAGAGGCUGCCAAUUUCCCUCAACAGAACCCAAGAUAGGCAUCGCAAGAGGUACAGUACUGGCAAGCACCGAGAUUCGGAAAGAAUUUUUGGAAGGAGCCCUCACCAGGAAAGAGGUUGAGUCCCCUACACAGGGUCAAGGUGCUUCACUGGUCUCCAUGUUCAGAGGAUUAGGCUUGGAACCCUCAGCGGUCUCAAGGGGAAGAGGAACUUUGCCAGUUGGAAGACAAAUAGUUGGGGAGAUGGAAGAGUUAAAGCAACCAAGUCUGGAUGUAGGUGUGGUAGCCCCUAGCCUACAGACAAGUGGCCACACACAAGCAGUGAUUGGCAGAGGGACAAGUCUUUCUUCGCAACAAACUUUGCCGAGCAUGAUGGUGGGAGUUGGGAGAGCAGCAAUGCCUGUGCUUGGGCUCGGACGAGGAAGCCCUUUACCUCGUUCCUCCUCUCCUCUCAAAGGUGUUCCUGGUUCUCUUACCUCAGAGGCGACAGCUUGCGAUUCCACGCCAAUCUCUGACACAGAAAUUGUCUCCAUCGUUCAAGAGGUGCAAGACCCCUCAGUUAUUGUACCAGAGAAAGAUUUGAAAGUGGAGGCAAUUCGCGUGCCACUCAACAAGGCUGGAUCAAAAGGAACACCUGUAACUAUUGGCUCCAAUCAUAUUCCAAUUCACUGCAAGAACAAAGCAGUUUAUCAGUACCAUGUGACAUUUACGCCAAAUGUUGAAUCCAUGUCAAUGCGUUAUGGGAUGAUCAAAGAUCACCGUUUGACCACAGGAGAAGUUAUAGCUUUUGAUGGGUCUGUACUGUACCUUCCCCUCCAACUGAAGGAUGAGGUGGUUCUCAAGAGUUUGAGAAGAACCAACAAUGAAGAAAUCAAAAUCCAAAUACAAAUGACAAAGAUGUUGCCACCCAGCUGUGAUCUGUGCAUCCCACUCUACAAUGUUGUUCUCAGGAGGGUCAUGAAAAUGAUUGGAUUGAAACUGGUAGGGAGAAAUCAUUAUGAUCCAGAAAAUGCAACAGUUCUUGGAAAACAUCGACUGCAGGUGUGGCCAGGCUAUUCAACAUGUAUCAAACAUACAGAUGGAGGUCUGUACCUGUGUGUUGAUGUGUUGCACAAGGUCUUGCGGAAUGACUCCGUGCUGGAUGUGAUGAACAUUCUCUACCGACAAAGCAAAGAGAAAUUUAGAGAUGAAUGCACCAAAGAACUUGUUGGUAGCAUCAUCAUCACCCGCUACAAUAACCGGACUUACCGCGUUGAUGCCAUUGAGUGGGACAAAUCACCUAAAGACACCUUCACUUUGAUGGAUGGCACAAAAACCACUUUUGUCGAUUACUACAGCAAGAACUAUGGAAUUAUUAUUAAAGAGACGGACCAACCUCUUCUCAUGCAUAAACCAAAGGAUCGAUCCAAGCCAGGGAGGAAGCAAGUCUUUCCUGGAGAGAUUUUAAUUGUUCCUGAGCUUUCUUUCUUGACUGGGAUCCCAGAAAAUAUGAAGAAGGAUUUCAGAUCAAUGAAGGACCUGACCAUGCACAUUAAUGUAAAUGGUGAUCAACACACACAUUCAAUAAAGCAACUUUUGAAGAACAUAAGCUCUAACGUUGACAGCCAGAAAGAAAUCACCCAAUGGGGCCUGGAAUUUGGCUCCGAAAUACUGCAAUUAAACGCUAGAACGCUCCCUCUUGAAACUAUCUGUGUCCAAACCUCAUCAUUUACCAUUGGUGCUGAUGGGUCUUGGUCCAGAGAGGUCGUCAGGCUGGCUCCAAUUUGCUGUGUACCCCUGAAAACAUGGGCGAUUUUCUACCCUCGACGCUGUGCAGACCAGACUACAGAGUUCAUUUCAACAUUUCAAAAAGUGGGUGCGUCUGUUGGAGUGCAAGUGGGUCGUCCUGUGUGUGUAGAGCUGAGGGACGAUCGCACAGAAUCCUAUGUCAAGAGCAUCCACUCACAGUUCACUAGUCAGCCUACUUUGCAACUUGUAGUAUGCAUCCUGGUAGGGAACAGAGAAGAUCUCUACAGUGCCAUCAAGAAGAUCUGCUGUGUUAAAAGUCCCAUCCCAUCCCAGGCGAUCAAUGUCCGGACAAUUUCCCAGCAACAGAAAUUAAGGAGUGUGGCACAAAGGAUACUCCUGCAAGUGAACACCAAAUUAGGAGGGGAACUUUGGACUGUUGGUGUGCCUUUGAAAAACCUAAUGGUGGUUGGAGUUGAUGUCCACCAUGACACCAGCAAGGCUCGCCAAUCUGUCAUGGGCUUUGUCGCAAGCAUGAACAGCUCAAUAACUCGAUGGUAUUCCAGAGUAACUUUUCAAGGACCCAAUGAAGAACUCAUCAAUGGAUUCACAGUUUGCUUGUUGGAUGCACUGCACAAGUAUCAUGAGGUCAACCAUUACUUGCCAGAAAAGAUUGUGGUGUAUCGGGAUGGUGUGUCAGAUGGUCAGCUCAAGAUGGUUGAGCAGCACGAGAUCCCACAGCUGAUCAAAUGCUUUGAGACGUUUCCCAGCUAUGAGCCGAAGCUUGUCUUCAUUGUGCUCAAAAAGAGAAUCAGCACUACCCUCUAUUCCUGUGAUGGAAGCAGCUUUGGCACACCUUCACCCGGAACUGUUUUGGAUCACACGCUCACUCAAAAAGACUGGGUGGACUUCUAUCUCAUGGCACAUCACAUUCGGCAGGGAUGUGGACUUCCUACCCACUACAUUACCCUGUACAAUACAGCGAACCUCACACCAGACCAUCUGCAAAGGCUGACCUUCAAAAUGUGCCAUUUGUACUGGAACUGGCCAGGCACGAUUCGCGUUCCCGCACCGUGCAAAUAUGCACACAAACUGGCUUACUUUUCAGGCCAGUACCUUCAUUCUGAACCAUCCAUCCAGUUGGCCGACAGGCUUUUUUUCCUUUGAAACACAAAUUAUGUUAAAAACUAAUUGUUUGCGUUUUUGUUUAAACUUAACCUGUUAUGGUGUCACUGAAAAUGCUUUGCUUUAUGAAAACUGUUAUUUUAAAAUAAUUAAUAGAAUAGUCAUUAAUAGAUAGUUUGCAGUCUUUAAAAAACCAUUCAUUGUCAUAUGCUGUAUGUUGAUAUAUAUUGUCUGUAUGAUCUGACAGUAACCAUCCAUUAUCCGAACCGUUUAUCCUCAUGAGGGCAGAAUAUUAAAAUUCUUGACGAAAAUUUUCCCUCUCUGGCUCCA